UGACGCAAGAGAUAUUUUAGAAAAGAAUAAGGAAGAUAUUAAAAAUUUAAUAUUGGAAAGAAAGUUUAUUCCAUUCCCUCCACGACCUAAACGUUUUCAGGUACAAACUGGCACAGCUAUAGAAGAAUAUCCCGCAAAAGAUGGAUUUGAAAAUAAUAGGCAACUAAAUAUUAUUGCAAGAGCAAUAUUGAUUUGUAAGGAAUUGGUUUCUUAUUGGAAAGAAAUUGGUUAUUAUGGAAUUUGCAAAGAUGUUAAUGAUUUGGUAAUGCAAGGAGCUGUUCUAAUUUUAUAUCCACCUACUCCACCAGAAAAUUGGAAUGAACCAACUAUUAAGGAAGUUACCGAUCGACUUGAAGAGUUAAUAGAUAUUGGAUUUGAUUUAAGUUAUACCAUUAUUGGAGAUAUUAUACAACUCUUUGAACAAAGAUUACCUACUAUUGGAAAUACAUUAAUUGAUGCAUUUGUAACAGCUAGAAAUGAUAAAAAAGAAGAACUUGUAUUUAAAUGUUUGAUCGAAGUUUUAAAAUCUAGUCGAAAAUUAAAAGGAAUAGAUUGUUUUGAAUUUUUGUAUGGUGCAAUUGACAAAAAUCGAGAGGAAACGGAGACAACAUUCUUGGAAGCAAUGGAUAAAUCAAACAACGACACUCGAGAUAACAAUGAUGGCCCAUUCAAACCAUUAGAGUUCUCAGCUCUGUUUUAUAAUUGGUGUUUGAAUAAGUUUGAAGAAGAUUCUAAAAUUACUUUAAGGUGUUUUGAAGACAUUCUAAAAACUAGAAUAAGUGUAGACGAAUAUUAUAAACAAGAUCAAAAUAAUCAAGUUCAAAUUGAUUUAACACAAGACAAGUUCAAAAAUGAAUGCGAUAUCUUUAAGAUUUAUUGUAAUGUUAAAAAUUUUUUUAAACCUUCGCAUUUGGAUAUUAUUUCUCAAGCGACACACGAAGAUAUACUUAAAACAUUAUUUGAACAUUAUUUACCAAUUUUGUUCAAACUCCCGAUGUUAUAUAAAUUACCAUAUACUGAAAGUUUAGUCGUUAAUGCUAAAACUGCAUCAUCUACAUCUAAAAUAGGAAAAACUAAGAUUAAUCGAUAUGAAAAGAAACUAUCGUCUGAAAAUGAUGAAAAACAUAAAGAUGAAUGGUCUAAUGUGUUAAGAAAUAUCCAUAAUGAAAUUUUUGUUUCAAAGGUUCUUAAAGGAACAAUUAACUUUAGAGAAUAUUUACAAAGAUUCUGGGAAGAGUAUAAUAAAAAUUUUUUAGCAAACUGA